AUGGGCCUGGCCAAACUUCCAUUCUUGGAGAGUGAAGGCUCAGAGACAAGUCAAACACGUCCAGGGGUUGUGGUUCUACAAAAUGGAGGAAGAGGAGGAGGAAGCCCUGACGAGUUACUGCAGGGAAAUGAUUCGUCGUGUCCGACUCAAACAGCAGCAGCUCCGCUCCCCGGGAGAGGAGGAGGUGGAGGAAGAGGAGGUGGAGAACAGGAGAGACGGACGCGCAGGAGGCCGCAGAAGGAGAGGCGGCGGAAGGCCGGUUGUUGUAGCAGGGGGAGAGAUGGCAGAUACACAGAGAGGAACCUCCCCCUGGUGGACGGUGCUAAACCACAAACACUACAAGCCUCCCUCGGUCACGUGGGUCAAGGUCCCGAAGUUCGGUCCGUCCCCCUUCAACUCCUCUCGACGCUGAGGCUCCGAACCUUCGAGGCGGAUGCGAAGCGGGUCAGGAGGCGAGAUCUCCGUGUGACUCACUCGAGCCAGUGUAACUGUAGAGCUCCAUCUCAUCCCUGCUCCCUGGUCGAUUUGUGGCAGGAGGUGGAGCUCCAUGAUCCCGCUGUCUGCAGCGCCUGUGAGCAGGAACAGGCUUCUCUGGCCUUGAAAACUUUUAUCUGGAGGAAGAAGACACAACUGCACAUGCAAACCCUGAAGGGCAGACUAAACACACAUCCGAGCUCCAGAGAUCGUGCCGGUUGGAGGAGUUUGUGCAAAAAAUCCCCCCAAAGUCAUCUGAUGCCCCUCACUGGAUUUGGGAGGGACUACUCGGUGAAGAUAUGCGGGUCACAGCAACCUGGGGUUACCGUAGCAACCAGCGGGGGAACGUGGAGUUGCCCUGGCAACAGAUGAAAUGAGGGGUCACUCUGACAAAAGCGCUACAGGAACUCAUUUAGCAAGACCUCGCUGUCCUUUUCCAGACAGAUAGCUGCAGACAUGAUGGGCACAGUAUUAAUAUAAUAAAAGGGACAACGUA